CUCGUAGGUCUGAUGAGACAGAGAGAGAGAGAGAGAGAGAGAGAGAGAGAGAGAGAGAGAAGGAGAGAGAGAGAGAGAACGAGCGAGAGAAAGAGAGAGGUUAGGAGCUCGGUACGCAUCCUGCUCCAGAUGGUGAUUUAAACGCAGACAGAAGGCUACAGAGGGGAUAGAGGAGAGAAUCAUAAGACUACACACUAGACCCGCGAGCUCAAAAUAAUCGAAAACUGCAAGACUAACCAAAACACGAAAUGAGCGAAAACAAAGAGAAGCAUUUAUGCACUCGAAAUAUGGUUAACGCUUUGGACUGACUGGAGUUGACAAUAGCAUCUAAAGCCAAUUGUUUCAGGGGAAUGAUCGGUCCUCGAUGCAUGAACAGUUGGAGGAUUGGUUGGCAGUGACGGUCUCAGAAGCGUGGUGUACACUGAGCUAAAUCAAGUGAUUAAUUCAACUUUGACAUUAUCAAACAAAAGGAGACUCAUUUUACGGAUAUAUAAAGACUUUACAUUAUGAACUAAUGCCAAACAACGGUUUUAAACUCGUCAACUGAGGAGUAGCAUUUGGAACAAGAGGAUCCAUGCCAAAUUUUAUUUCAUCUUUUUACAUUGGAGGUACCGCGCGCAUCGGCAAAGGAUUUGUUAAGUCUAUUCUCUGACAAUUUUAACAUUUCACAGUAUUGAUAUUUUGUAUCCUAUCACUUUGCCUGUGGUGAGCACAAAUGUUGGUACAAUAGCUGAAUCAACAAUCUUUGAAGGUUUCUUUACCGUGAGCCAAUCCAUUCUAACAGAAAAUGAGAUAUAAAGUCACAGUUCACAUUUAGAUAACUGAGAGAAGUUGUGAUUUUUUUCCUCUCAAAACUGUUGGUUUUUAGCAUCGAAAACGGACAGCAAACCAAAGACUUCUAUGUGCUAAAGGAUCACAAAGCUAUAGCUUUGCGAAAUAUUUUUCAAUUUAUAAAAGUGAAUUACCUCAUCAUUUAUUGAACCGAAAAGUCAACACCGCUUUGAAUCCAAAGGAAACCAAUAUAUUUUUCGGGUUUGACUGUAACUGUCGACCUGAUAUAUUUUUCUCUCUUUCAAUACUAUCUUUAAUUUACAAAGAGAAGGAAUAACACCUUUAUGAAUGGUGUUCAAUAUCUUCGAAGGCUUUAUCCUUUCUUCCAAAUAAUGAGGAUCGGGGCAUUAUAAUCGUGAUUUUUUGGUCUGGAUUAUCUUCGCUGCAAUUACCUCAGCCUGACCUCGACCUUUACAAAGUAACACAGAACAGAAGGUUGGAACGAUGCCCGAUUCACCUGCUGAUGUCAAAACCCAGCCCAGGUCGACUCCUCCCACCAUGCCACCUCCACCCCCGGCCGUCAGCCAGGCAGCCAAUCGCAACGCUUCAUUUACACCCACCACCAGUAAGUCAAUGCUGAACGGGAGCAGUCACUCGAGUCACUCGCCCACGUCGCUCAACGGCGCUCCCUCCACGCCCAACGGGUUCAGCAACGGCCCGGCCAUGUCAUCCACCGCCUCCCUGUCCAACCAGCAGCUGCCGCCGGCCUGCGGCGCCCGUCAGCUCUGCAAGCUCAAGCGCUUCCUCACCACGCUGCAGCAGUUCGGCAACGACAUUUCACCCGAGAUCGGAGAGCGAGUCCGUAGCCUGGUGCUGGGCCUGGUGAAUUCAACCCUCACCAUAGAGGAGUUCCACUCCAAACUCCAGGAGGCUACAAACUUCCCGCUGCGCCCCUUCGUCAUUCCAUUCCUCAAGGCCAACCUCCCCCUGCUGCAGAGGGAGCUGCUCCACUGUGCUCGGAUGGCCAAGCAGACACCCGCUCAGUAUCUGGCCCAGCACGAGCAGCUGCUGCUGGACGCCAAUGCCAGCUCGCCCCUGGACUCCUCUGAGAUCAUGAUGGAGAUCAACGAGCAUGGCAAGAGGAGAACCCCCGACAGGACCAAAGACUCAGACCGAGACGGCCACCACCCGGAGCACCUGGCCAAAAGGCCAUGCACCAUCAGCCCGAGUCAACGCUUCAGCCCCAGCACCGGCCUGCCGGCCCACCCGCCCCCCAACGGCCUGCCCACGCACCCGCCCAACGGCCUGCCUCACCCCAACCCCCCUGCCCCCCAGCACUACCGCCUGGAGGACAUGGCCCUGGCCCACCACUACCGGGACGCCUACCGCCACACCGCGGAGCACCGCGAGGCCAGGGACCGGCAUCGGCAGACAGCUGUCCACGGAGCACGCCAGGAGGAAGUGAUCGAUCACCGCCUGACGGACCGGGAGUGGGCCGAGGAGUGGAAGCACCUGGAUAAUGUACGUGUCGCUGGGCUGCUCAACUGCAUCAUGGACAUGGUGGAGAAAACCCGACGCUCCCUCACCGUGCUGCGCCGCUGCCAGGAGGCCGACCGCGAGGAGAUGAACCACUGGAUCCGGCGCUAUAGCGAUGUGGAGGAUAUGAAAAAAGGUGGGAGCAACGGUCAGCCACGCCCUCCUCCUCCUCCUCCACCUCCUCACAACUCCUCCUCCAACACUCCCAACAACGUUGAGACACUGCAGUCCAUAGAGAUCCACAGGGACUUCCUGCACAGGCCUGCAUCCGGCUACCUACCUGAGGAGAUCUGGAGGAAGGCUGGUACUACAAGUAUCCCGCUCUCCCCAGCACUAAAACAGCUCCAAAACAAGCAGGAGGAGGCAGUGAAUGAGGUGAAGAGACAGGCCAUGUCGGAGCUGCAGAAGGCUGUGUCGGACGCAGAAAGGAAGGCCCAUGAGAUGAUCUCUGCUGAGAGGUCCAAGAUGGAGCGAGCGUUGGCUGAGGCAAGGAAACAGGCCUCCGAGGACGCACUGACUGUCAUCAAUCAGCAGGAGGACUCCAGCGAAUCUCUCCAGAGCUGCUGGAACUGUGGACGCAAGGCCAGUGAGACGUGCAGCGGCUGCAACACGGCGCGCUACUGUGGCUCCUUCUGCCAGCACAAGGACUGGGAGAAGCACCACCAUGUCUGCGGCCAGGGCCUGCAGGGCCUCCCCGGGGGCAGCAGCGUUCCUCUGGGGACCCCCUCCUCCGGCGCGCCCCCAACGCACUCAGAGAGCAGCCCACCCGGUCCCCUGUCCCAGGCUGGAGGCGGCGGCGGGGGAGGCAGUGUCUCAGGCAGUCCCAAGGAGGCUAGCUCCAGCUCCAGCAGUGCCUCGCGAUCCACCACCCCGGCCACCCCUGCACUGUUGGACGCUACCUCCCGCUGACGCCGCCCCGCCCGGCCCCGCCCGGCCACGCCCAGUCACUCCCACUGAUGCUACAGUACAGCCACCCUGCGUCCUAAACAAACUGAGGAAUCUCCAUUGAUCGCACUGCGCCCCCCUGCUUCAUCUGAACUGCACCUGUAGUGCUCCCGCCGUGAAUACCGCGCCGUCGACUACUUCUUAGCUACCUGAAGGCCUCGUUUCUCAAACCCCUUCUCAACCCCCUCCCCCCAACCCCCAAAAGAUACCGUUCUGACUGUCUCUCAGCCACACAGACUUGCUCGCUGUCAUACUCAAAACAACUUAAGGGGUCCACACUAGUGUUUAGCAUGGAUAGGGCUUACUUUACUCAAUGCUCAAUUAAAACUGGCGCCGAAGCAGAACUUUCUGGUACAAUUUCCUAGUACAAAAAAAGCGCAAGGGUUGAUAUUUAAACUUCAAGAAUGUUGAGUGAAGAUAAGCUUUGUUCUAUGCCAGAAUGUAGCCUCAUUAUCAUCAGACCAGUCAAUGCUGUGUAUGUAGGGGGCUUUGCAUUGCAUGAGACCCAUUGGGGUACCACACGUAUUGGGGUAAAGCAACCGCGAAGAGGACAUAUCUACAUUAAGCACUUGGAGAGGUUUUCCCUUUAACACAGCAUUAGUGGGUGAAUGCUUACACUUCAGCAUGUGCACUAACAGCCCUGACCUCUGACCUGUGUCUGUAGAACAGGCUUCUCUGUGUACUGGGUCUGGACAUGUCCUGAUGGAUGUCCCUGAUCCAACAAUCCAGACACCAGUUGGGGUGCCCCUCUUUUGAUGGAGGAGAGGCAAUAUGAUACACUCAUGGUGCGAUGUAUUCCUCAGAAACUCUUCCACAAUACGGCUAAUUAUUUAUCUGACGUUUCAUUUUUUGGCUUUAAGAAGACAAAGAAAGUAAAAAUAUUCUAAAUAACUAAUAAUAAUAGUGAGAGAACGAAACCUGUUAACUACCUUGCUAGCGAGCCAAGAAAACCUGCACCGGACUCACCUCUCCGAUGUAAACCCAAAUGAAUUCAAAGAAGAAGAAAACACACAUGAUCCAAACCUUUUUAUUACACUGCCAAAGUUACUAAGAGACAAGGAAGAAGCACUCAUCUUGUAACCAAACGCAAGCAACUUCACCUCCUCAGCAGAAAAGCCAGUCCUGGGAGAUAUAGGCUGUAGAGUGGCAGCACCACUCACCCAGAAACUCAAACUGUAGCUGGCCUCUUUCAGCCUGGGAAUACCCACAGUGAUUCCACUGGAUGACUGAGAGGGAAUCCUGAGUGAACAUUUGAAACAACUGCUACAAAGACAAUGUAAAGGAAAGACGCUGAUACUGUGCGUGUAUGAAUGGCAACAGAAUGGACUAAGAAACAGCGACUCGGCCUCAAGAAGAAGAUGAACGGCAUUGGAACUGCCAAAAAGAACCUCAAAAGAACUGAAAACCCUGUCCAAGCAAGCGUUGUACAGUACGGAUAAGACUUUUUGUUAGUAAUUGUGCUUUUUAGCUCUAAGAAGAGGAGACGUUUCAGUUAGUCGUACCUUUUCAUCCACCCUCCUCCUUUUCCAAAGCAUGACAAACAGACUGACGAGCCUCAUAAGUGGUGUAGGCUCGGUUCACUUCUCUCUCUUUCUACCUCCCCCCAUCAUCCUGUAUGUUUCUCCCUCAGAAACCCCCCCGCCUCUCAGUCAACCCUGCCCCCAUUUGGACACGACCUCUGAGCAGAUAUCUAGAAAGGGAUCAAACCUGCUUGUAGAUAUUCCUUUGUUUUGUUUCUUGAUAUGUCUCUGUCUCUGGUGUCCACCUGUGCUGCCCUUGUUCCUUUUCAGAAAGAGUGACUUUGUUUUAUCUUCUUUUUAUGUUUGGGCUGAACAUUGAAGCAGGAGCAAGGACUAUAGGAGAGAAAGCCCCAUAUUGUACUUAUUGUUCAAUUUGUUGUAUCUAUAUCAAUGAAAAGAAAAUCCUCUUGUAGAAUAUUUUAUAUUGCUCGCAUUGUAAGACAGUGAGAGGACGGAGGUGCAAUAUGAAGAGAAUUCAGCUACUGAAUGGAACCUCAGCAACUGCCCAUAGGGUGUCAUAUAAUAUAGAUACAUAUAAAUAUAUUUAAAAUAACAUCAGUAACUUAAUGUGAAUGUACAUAGUAUUUAAAGAGGUCCAAAAAUGUGUUUGCCAAAUAACAGAAACCUUUAAAGUACAAUGUCCAGAAUAUGAUUUCUUUCCAGUUCAUUUUUUAAUCAAAGGAAUUGUCAUUGCUCAUAAAUUCUUCUACCAGAUUAGCCGUCUGUCGAGUGUGUAAUCUCAGAAAGAUGAGGAGGGAUCUUGGCAGCGAUAGUGGUUUUCUUCUGGAGUUACAGUUCUUAUAGUUCCCUCUAUGGUUAAUACAUUAGACUGCUGACUGACGCCCUUCAAGAGGAACCAGCUACGUGUUCAGCAGGGAUAUGAAAGACAUCCGCGCCUUCAGUUCUCAUGAUCGGCCCAAGGUGGUUUUAAAGCGAAAGAGCGUCUUAUCACACAUUGAUUCUAAACGUGUCCUAGUGUGAGGCCAGGUUACUCUCCCACUCUGGAUGCUGGGUCCAGAAAUGUCAUUUGAAUUUGUGUGAAACAUUGCCAUCCGUUGGGCUGAAGUGCCACUGCAGAGCUCCACCUUCCACACUAAAACCCUGUGGAAGGGUCCCUAAACAGAUCCACGAGCCUGCACACGUGUCUGAAAGUCUGGCUUUACCGGGCCAUGACAGUUCCAACUCUUUUUACUGGUUAACUGUUCUUAUUCCAUCCAUGAAGUAGUUUCAGAAGGUGCGGUCUCAGUCCGUUCUCUUUAUGAAGAGGUCAGGAUCCUAAUAGGCGAAAGGCACUCAGAAUUUGGGAGAGUUGGCACAAAGUCUUCGCCAUCACAGACCAAUAUGGAAGGCCAUCUUAAAACACGUUACGUUUACAACCACCCUUCUGUACAGGUGCUGCAGUAAUGUCCUAAUGAUCUCCAUUCAAGUUCCAAUAUCAAGCUCAAAGAGCCUUCAUUGCAUUAAAUAGUCUCUAGCUACCAAGUUCAAGUUAAUUAGAUAAUAAUCCCUAACCAUUUGGUCACAUACCACUAAAAAGGACCAAACUUGAAGGAGCUUUUGUGUUUUGUUUUAUUUUUUACUGUUACAAGUGUGGUCUGCCAGGCUCUUUCACAUUUAAAACCUAGAGUGGCAUACUGACUCAGACACAAUUAGAUGUCUAUUAACAUUGAGUGUGUUUAAUUUAUCACAUAAUGUACAUGAUCUAUUUUCCUAUUAUGUCAGUUUAAAAAAGUAAUAUAUUCAACUUUGAAAUGUGAUAAGCUGCGAGGUACCCCGCAUUCUGUGUCCUGAACUAUAUGUUAGCUGUGUGUUGACUUCAGCCUCUUGGUGUUACUAACCCUCGUCAGCCCUCCGCUCCUCUUCUUCCUCUAACACCCACUACAGUGUCCCUCCUGACCCACCCCACCCACCACUUCAAAAGCUACCUCCUGUUAAGCUCAAGCUACAGCACAUGACUGGGAGAGGCCACUGGGCUUUGGAAGCAGGGCUGCUAGCAGACACGCAAACCCACACAAACCACAGAGCAAAAUAUCAUCACCGGUUACUUUAAUUCACAACAUUAUUCUCCAGUGCGCCACCCUAAGAUGACUUUGCUGUUUUAGAUUUUCAUAAAGGUUUCACUGUCCGGCGUUCCGAUGUGCAGUAAUUUCUUAGUACCCAAGCUGAACGUAAAACCAUGACAUGCCAUUUGUAGUCCAAAACGAAUAAAAGCACAGACCAAAGUAUUUCUGCAUGGCUGUAGAUUUUGAAAUUGUGUGAAGUAAGAACUGAUAAGAGGCUUGAGGCCAACUAUACCUGUUAACCAAAGUGUCUGAAAUGAACCAUCCUCAUAGCACAAGACAAAACAAACAACCAAUGCAUCUGUGAAGGUUGAGAUUUGUAGAUUAUUCAUUCAAGCAAUCAAAGCGCUUGUUUCUACAUAUCUAAUGCCUCAGGUAAGACUACAGAAACAUCUCCUCCAGAAUGCAUAAUGAUUGCUUUGAGUGUUCUUACAAAAAAGCCUUGCUAACCGACAGAAUAGAUGCAUGGUGUGUGUUUUUGUGUGCGUGUGUGUGUGUGUGUGUGUGUGCUAGUUCUUCUCAUUUCACCGUUUAUCUGUACAAACUACUUGAACUUUCAGAGCUUUAAUCAAACAUCACAGGCAGAAUAAUGACAGUAGCAGUGUGACCUCUUCACACUGAAAGGGUAAAGACAGAUCGAACAGAUUCUCCAGGACAUUUCAAUACACAUCCUUUAACGCUCUCUGUGUGCUUUGCUUGUCUGCGACACAACCCCUGAAACACAACAACCCGUGCAUUUGUCACAACAUGAGGCGGAUAUAAAGUAUAUUUUUACUGACCAAAAUUCAACCAAAAAAAAAAGUGUUUGUAACAUGGAUCACGCCAUCUCUCAUUGUUUGUGUCCUUUCUUUAGCCCAGGAUUCAGGGCACUUGUUAUCUGGGCUGGCCUGUGCAGGGCUUGACACUACAGGACAUGGACAUGUAAGCAGACCCUGAAGGACAGCUGAAGCGGGGUUAGCAUGCUGAGUACCUGUUCUGUGUGAAAAAGUGUAAUUUAAGAAGGUCGACCAGGUUCCUGGUUUGGUCUCCCAGGAAAGGUUUCAGAUUCUGGACGUGGAAUGAUAGGAGAUUAACUGUGUGCGCAGUCUUCUAUUUCAUUCAUGCCCUGGGAAGACACAUGUCAACAUGGGGUAUUAUGAGCAUGAGGACUGUUUCUGUCUCUGAUGUGAAAUCCACAAACCCUGGAGUUCUCCUAGGUGAAGACUGUCCUUUAUCCACACAUACAGAUGACUUUCUUGUCUCUUUAGGUUUGUAAUACGGCAAACGUAAGGAGGGCAAAUUCUGUUUUCAAAGGCAAAUAAUAGCAUGUUGGCAUCAGCCUUUUUGAAACAUUUACCCCCAAUUUACCAAUGGAGUUUCAUGGCUCAUCUGAUUCAGUGACUGAUUGCCCUGUGGAACCACACUGAUAUGAAGCUGAGGUGGCAAAAGAGGAUGCAGCACUUAGUGGCCCCAAAGUCAUGGUAGGCAAUGGUGUUUUUUUUACAUUAUUACUUUGAGACAAAGGAUUGAUUUUAUGUGUAGGGAAGCAUUACUGUAUUGUGCAAUACAUUAUUACAGAAAAAAUAUAUGUUUCUGUAGGAAAGGUUGGCGCUUCGAAGGACAUGUUGUUCUUUUCCUCUUUAAGGGUCCUGUUACCAUUCUUUAGAUGAAGUGAACUGUGCCAGAAGAAUUUAAUUCUGUUUUUUAUUUAUUUCUUGCAUGCUACCUUCCCUUUUUGCUAUUCCCCUUCUUUAACUGUGCGCUAUGUUGGACGUGUGAAGCUGUAAACAUUCUAAUUCAGGUUAUUGUCUGUGUUAAGCUAUGUAACUGUGUAAUUAAAAAGGAAAUGAAAUAUCAA